AUGGCUUCGCCGACUGCGGACCAGCCGCCUGUGGCUGACAAGGACAAGAUGGCCGAGGCCAACGGCCAUGCGCCAGCUGUCUCAGAGUCAGCCGAGAGCGCCAAACCCGACGCCGAAAAGGAAAACAAAGCCCCGUCUGACAAGGCCGAUGAGGCCCUUGUCAACGGCAAGCCGUCGCCGGCUGCAUCCGCCGACACUCCCAACGGCGUGAGCACUACGAACGGACAGGGCGACAAAGACAAGGAGCAAGACAAGGAGCAAGACAAGGAAAAGGCCCAGGAGAACGACAAGGAGAAAGCCCAAGAGGUUGAGAAGAAGGACACCCCAGCCGCUGACGCGCCCGUAGCAGCCGAUUCUGAGAGCGUACAGGAAAAGCCACAGGAGAAGCCUGUAGAAAGCGCCAAGGACGAGGAGAAGAAGCCUGCUGAGGAAGCAGCAGCGGAGAAAAAAGCAGAGGAGAAGAAGGCAGAGGCUGAGACGACGGCGCAGGAAAAGCCCGACGUGGAGAUGACAGACGCCGAGAGCGCAGACGACGCGAAAGCUUCCGCCGACACUGCCGCCACGCCCACGACUGCCAAAGAGUCUGCACCCAAAGAAUCUACCGAGGCCAAGGCCGAAGAAAAGUCUGAGGAGAAGACUGAGGAGGCCAAACCCUCCCCCAAGGACACUCAAACUGACGUCGAUGCCGAUGCCGACGCCGAUACCGUCAUGACCGACGACAAGCCCGCCGUCAAGCCCGAGGAAGAGGCUGCGAAGCCCAAGCCCAAGGUUGAAGAGGCUGCGGCGACGGCGCCUUCAUCAAAUGAAGUCGAUCUCGGAUCUCCGAGCAUGUCAAAGCUGGCCAUUGAUGCCACAUCGUCUGCUGCCGAUACCUCGAUCGAAGUGUCCAUGUCUGACGCGCCCGGCUCAAAGGUUGCCAGGGAGCGCGACGAGGAGAUGCAAGACGAACCGGCCGCCAAGCGGGCCAAGACUGAGACCCAGGAAGAGGACGGCGCUGCGACGGCCACCCCUUUGGCCGGGAAUGAGAAUGCUGCUACUGAUGCUUCAGCUUCUGCUAAUGACAGUGGCGCGGACCGCCUUGCUUCCAUCGCAAAGUGGAAAGACGCAUCGGUUCUCGAGAAGAAGAUUACGCCGUUCCAGCGCCGCGAGAUCCGAAAGAUCAUUGGCAGGGUCAAGAAGACCAAGCACGGUGGCCACUUCCGGGACUCGGUGCCCAAGCUGUGGCCGGCGCUGGGAGAGUCUUACUUGGCGAGGAUUGACAAGCCCAUGGACUUGGCCGAGAUAGACCGAGGCCUGCGCGACCCCCACCCCAUCUACGCUACGUUUGGCGACAUGAAGAAGGACCUGGGGCUCAUCUACGAGAACACCCUGACCUUCAACGGCGCCCAGCACGAGGUCACGGACGCCGCAUUCUACGCAGUACGAAACGUGUGGCAGGAGUCCAUCGCGAUCCCCGAAGAGGAGCCCGCCAGGCCCAAGUCUGUAGCCAAGCCGAAGCCGCCACGUGAGCCUCGCGUCCUGUCCGGCCCCGAGCACGCCGUGCGGCGACAGUCGUCAGGCCCGGCAUCCAGCCCGCCGCCGCCGCCGCCGCCGGUUGCCGAUGCCAAACCAGCCAAGCCGCAGGCCGCAGAGCCCAGCGUGGAUCGUCGAGGCUCCCUCGCCGACGCCGACAGGCCAAAACGGACGGUAAGGGCACCGAAGCCCAAGGAUAUCGAUUAUACCACUAAGCCUUCUCGCAAGAAACUCAAGCCCGAAAUGCAAUUCUGCGACGAGGUGCUGGCGGAGCUCAUGCACCCCAAGAACUCGACGCUCAACACGUGGUUCCUCGACGCCGUCGACGCCGAGGGCCUCAACAUCCCCGACUACUACUCCAUCAUCAAGAAGCCCAUGGACCUGGGCAAGGUAUCGCGCAUGGUCAACAGCGGCGAAAUCACAAACGCCAAGGAGUUUGACAAGAACGUGCGCCUCAUCUUUGCCAACUGCUACCAGUUCAACGGCCCGCCCGACCAGGGCAACCCCGUGUCCAACCUGGCCAAGCAGCUGGAGAACCUCUAUGUCCAGCAGAUGAAGGGCAAGGAUGCCUGGCUGGCAAAGUACGCAAAGGCCAACGCGCCCGCCGCGUCUGCGUCCAACGCCAGUGACGAGGACGACGACGACGAGAGCGACGACGACGAGCCCGCGGCGCCCGCCGUGGACAACUCCAAGGAGCUCCAGGAGCUCAAGGCCAAGCUGGAGGAGGAGAGCAGCAAGCUCAACAGCAUGUUCGCGUCGGGCACCCCGCAGGCGCUGAUUGACUGCCAGCGCGUCAUUGUCGACACGGUGCAGCAGGCCCUGUACAAGGUGGCGCAGAAGCAGACCGAGGCCAAGCCCAAGCACCAGGACAAGUCGGCCAAGAAGUCGAGCAAGCCGAGCAAGAGCAAGGCGGCCGGCAGCGCCCCCUCGCGCAAGUCGUCGACCCACGCACCGCCUCCCAAGAAGUCGAGCAGCGCCAAGAAGCCGCCGCCCAAGAGGACGCUUUCUGCGGCAGACAAGGAUCAGAUUGCUAGUGCCAUUAAUGAUCUCGAGUAUCCUCACCUCGAUCGAGCCAUUGACAUUAUCAAGCGUGACACUGGCCAGAAUGAAAACAACGAGGGCGAGCUCGAACUGGAUAUUGACCAGCUCAGUAGCGAUGCGCUCAACAAGCUAUGGGACCUCUGCAAAAAAGUGCUCCCGGGAUUCGGUAAAGACUCAAACGCCACAACCAAGUCGCCGGAAGUUAAUAGGGCGGUUCCCGCAAAGCAGGCCCCUAAAUCGGCAUCCAAGCCCAAGAAGAACAAGCCCAUGAGCGCGCAGGAGCAGGAGGCGCGCAUCGCGCAGCUGACAGCCAUCCAACAGCUGUACAAGCCCGGCCAAGAGCCUGCCGAUGACGCCUCGCAUGCGCCGGCGCACAACCGCCACGACGAGUCCAGCGAUGACUCGGAUUCCGAGGAGGAGUAA